AUGCAAUCCAUUGGACCCGGAAGAGCCUCUCAGAGGCUUCUAGAACCUGGCUUCGAUAGCCGUGUGCAAGAAAUUCAAGCUGCUGUCUCAGACGCCUAUCCACGUCUAGAAAGUAAUGCAAACAGGCUUAGCAUUGAGCAAUUCCGCAACCUAUAUGACCAUCUUGAACCCAAUCAAGUGGUCGAGGAGGACAAAGUCGUGGUCCAGGGCAGAAUACGAACAGCCAGAUUGGCAGGCAGCAAAUUGAUAUUUUUUGAUAUCGUCCAAAAUGAGCACAAGAUCCAGGCAAUGUGGAAUCUUCGUAUGUCCACCGAUGUAGCUCCUGAGAAGUUCAAGCAAUUAUAUCGUCUGCUUCGUCGCGGAGAUGCUUUCUCCGUGACUGGAAAACCGCAUCGGACUGGAAGAGGAGAGCUCACGGUGCAAGUGACGGAGCUACCGACACUUCUAUCUCCUUCUCUACACGAUAUCCCUACCGACACCAAAGAACAUGGUGUUUCUGGUUAUCCUCGGCAUGUUCAGUUUCUCGCCGAUAAACACACUUCGGAUAUUAUGCGAAUACGGUCCGCGAUCAUUCAGUAUAUCCGUCAAUUCUUUGUUGAGCGGACUUUUAUGGAAGUCAAUACGCCUAUUAUGGCCAGUGAAGCUGGUGGUGCAACUGCGCGUCCGUUUGUUACCACGGCAAACGAGUUCCCGGACAAGUCGUUGUAUUUGAGAAUAGCGCCUGAGUUGUGGUUGAAACGGUUGGUAAUAGGGGGUUUUGAUAAGGUUUUUGAAAUCGGGCCAUCGUUUCGUAAUGAGGGCAUCGAUAAGUCGCACAACCCCGAGUUCACGACAUGCGAAUUCUACAUGGUGUACGCAAACCUGGAAGAUGUCAUCUCUAUAACCGAGAACCUGUUCUCCGGUCUAGCAGAACAUGUCUCACAACAGAAAGAACGCAUGAGCUCCGAAAUACCAACACCAAGCACAAACUUCUCAAUCCCCUUUCGUCGGAUAGAUUUCAUUUCCGGGAUCGAGGCUGCCAUCAAUCGCCCCUUACCAGAUCUAUCCUCCCCCAGCGCAGAGCAAGACGUCAAAAAGCUCUUCAAAGAACUCUCCAUCCCUCUCCCUGACCUUCCCACCCUCCCUCGUCUCAUGGACAAACUCUGCUCAACUUACCUCGAACCACAAUGCGACGAACCAACAUUCAUAAUCCAUCCCCCAGAAUGUCUUUCUCCGCUCUCAAAAUCAUUUAUACAGAAUAAUCAGCGUGUGGCUGCUCGGUGUGAACUCUUCAUCCAGGGAAGAGAGUACGUGAAUGCCUACGAGGAGGAGAAUUCGCCGUGGGAGCAGAGACGGAAAUUUGAGCAGCAGAAGAUCUUUAAUCAGCAUACGAAUGAGUCUACAGGUGUUGACGAGAGUUAUUUGCAGGCGAUGGAAUGGGGGUUGCCACCGACGGGGGGAUGGGGGUGUGGGAUUGAUAGACUUGUUAUGCUGUUUACUGAUUCGAAGAGGAUUGGGGAUGUGUUGCCUUUCAGGACUUUGAGGUCCGUUUAGUAGGUCAAGGGCUGUGUAAGAUAUGUGUAUUAUUAUCGGCAUUGUGGGAUGGCUUGACGUUAGGGCUGCUAGGUUUCCUAUAGCGAGCGACUCUGGAAGGAAUAAUUGAUAUUUACACAUGAUUUGCCCAUC